GUCAGCCGUCACGACCCGCAACGCACAUGCCGCGUUUUGUUUACAUUUUUUUUUCGUUGCGCGCUCGUUGUGACGUGAAUUUGUUGCAACUUUCCUAACUUUUAAAAGAAAUUUAACGAAAAGCAAGUGCACCCCACGAUGAAGGUAACGAAGCACAAAAAGGCCCGCAAGUACAUGAGCUUCUACAUCAACAACUUUGGCUUCCGGGAACCGCUGCUGACGCUGAUCGACGGAACGUUCUGCCAGGCCGCGUACAAGGCCCGGCUCCAGAUCGAGGACCAGCUGAAAAAGUACUUCCAGUGCGAGCUCAAGCUGAUCGUGACGGCCUGCAUCAUCACCGAGGUGGACAACAUCGGCGGCCCGUUGGCAGCGGUUUGCCAGCUGCUGAAGAAGUUCCUCGUGCAUCGGUGUGGCCACGAGAAGGCGCCCAUUUCGGGCUCGGCCUGCAUCAAAUCGAUGACCAAGACGUGCAACUACAUCGUGGCCACCCAGGACCGGGGUCUGCAGGAGUGGGUCCGGUCGAAGCCUGGCGUUCCGCUGUUUUAUCUGCACAACAAUCUUGUGCCGACGUUAGUGCAACCGUCGGAGGUUAGCGUGAGGGCGGCGACCAGCAAGAGUGUGGCUCGGGUGCAGGUACGGGAGGUGGACACGCAGACGUUGACCAGUUUGAAGCGGAAGGAGGGGAUAUUGGUGGAGGAGGACGGUGGGAAGGACAAGAUAAGGAGGAAGAAGAAGAAGGGCAAGAAUCCGCUGUCGUGCAAAAAGUCCAAGAAGCGGAAGGAGCAGGGAACGGUGAUGAAGGACGCUGUUCAGGACCAUGCCAUUGAGAAGAAGAAGAGGAAACGCGUGAAACUGGCGAAGCACGUGGUGGAUCAUUUGAAGAGUAUGAAGGCGGGUGGAGACCAAUAAAAUUGUUGAGUUUGAAAUAA